AAUCUCCCCAGUGCAUCCAUGUAUGAGCGCAGUUACAUGCAUAGAGAUGUUAUCACCCAUGUGGUAUGUACCAAGCUUACCUGGACUUUCAGUGGACUUUCACUUUGGAGGCAUGGUCAUAAGAAUAAACACAGACUCAAAAAAUCACAUAAAAAUGUUAGGAUGAAAGUGAUGAUGUGCCUAAGCAACUGCAUAAACAGUGAGACUAGCUGCUAUAGUACAAAUGCUGUGCCGGUGAACUGCUUAUGCCAUGAGAGUUUGUUUACAUGCUGGGAAGACACUAUUUCCCAAAUUAUUGAUUUGAUUAUUUAAUUAUAAUUUAUCCUAAGGGGAGCUUUGGGAGCCUGUUCGUAAGUACAAUAAGUCAUCUGUAACCCAAAGACUGCCUGUAUUCCAAAAUCUGAAAAAAUGCAAAAUCCAAAACACUUCUAGUCCCAAGCAUUUCAGAUAAGGGAUACUCAACCUGUAGUAAUAUUCUACUGUUUGUUGAGCUCAUAGUAUGUCCAGGUACUCUGCUAAGACUUUUUUAUAAUUAUUUCAUUUAUCUUAAGAAUAAUCUUGUGAGGUAGUGGAUGAUCUUCACUUUAUAGUUGAGGAAACUGAAAUUUAGAGAAGUUAAAUGGCAGAUGAGGCUUAAUCUGGCAAAAAAAAGGCAAGGCUUAAUCCCAGAGGGCAUUCUAUUCCUUAUAUGGAUUUUGAACCUGUGAGCAGGAGAGUAACAUCAGAUUUAUUUUUUUAAAAGGACUACCCUGGAUGUGGUGAGAUAAUGGAUUCAAAUAGAGCAGGAAUGGAUAUAGGGAGAGCAGUUAGGAGGCUGGUAGAGAAAUCUGGAUGAGACAUGUUGGUGGCUUGGAUGAUAUUGGCAGUGAGUAUGGAAAAUAGAUGGAUUACUCUGGGGAUCAGUCUGUCUUUGAUCUCUAGAUGACAAAUAGCAUUUUAGAUAUAAAUCUGAAUAACAUAUCUUUAUAUACCAUGUAUAGGAUAAUUCUGACCAAAUAGUAGCACCUUUCCUAGUCCAAAGUUGUCAGUGUAUAAAGCAUCAUAUGUUACUAAGCAUUGCUAUCAUUCUCUCCCUCAAGUAUUUUUUGUUUUGUUUUCUAAACCAAGUCAGUGGAGUGCAAUACAAAGAUUAUAGGUUUUGUGGUUAGGUAGAUCUGAAAGCCACUCUUUAGCUAUGUGGACCUAGAACAAGUGAAUUUUAACGUUUUUUAAAAAAUAUUUUUUACCCUAACAACUUGAAUGCAAGUGGAGACAUUUUAAAACAAUUCCCUAUUUAUAAAUGAUAAAAAUACCACCAAAUAAAGUUGCUGUAAAGAUUAACUAGGUAAUAUAUAUAAAGUACUGGACAUUCACUACGUUUCAAUAAACAGUUUCUAUUUUUAUAUACCUUAUAUAGGGGAGACCGUUCUGUAUAAAAUCUCUUUGACAAAUAACCAAACUACCCUGGAUAUAAUAUAAAAUAAACUUAUGUUGAAUUUUGCUAUAUAUUAAAGUAGUAUUAAUAUGUUUAUUUAUCAACUUCUGAAAAGAACUACAUUUUCUCAUGAAAAUACUGCCUAUAAGGUGAUUUUAGCAAUAAGGAAUCCAAGUCUAGUAAUUUAGUGAGAUUCUUUUUUUUUUGAUGUCAUAUACUAAUUCAAUUCUGAUCCUAGUUCUUGAAGUUAAAAUAAGUGCAGCAGCAGCUAUUAUGAUAUCCAAAAAAAAGAGCUUCAAAAUUUACAAUGUUUUAUCUAUGCUAAUACAGUAGUCUGCUUAAAAGAAGAUUUUUUUAAAACCUAUUUUGAAAGAGUCAAAGAUUCUCAGUGAAUGAUUGCUUUGAAGAAACUGACUGAUUCAUAGAUCUGUAUUAGAAAUUAACUUUUAAAAUUUUAUAUAUGCAGGACAGAUUUUAUUAUUACUGCCAGUCAUGAUGGACAUGUCAAGUUCUGGAAAAAAAUAGAAGAGGGAAUUGAAUUUGUUAAACAUUUUCGCAGUCACCUGGGAAUUAUCGAGAGUAUUGCAGUUAGCUCUGAGGGAGCAUUAUUCUGUUCUGUGGGUGAUGAUAAAGCAAUGAAGGUGUUUGAUGUAGUGAACUUUGACAUGAUCAAUAUGCUGAAACUUGGUUAUUUUCCUGGACAGUGUGAGUGGAUCUAUUGCCCAGGGGACGCCAUAUCUUCAGUUGCUGCUUCUGAGAAGAGUACAGGAAAAAUUUUCAUUUAUGAUGGCCGAGGAGAUAACCAACCACUUCAUAUUUUUGACAAACUCCAUACAUCACCUCUUACUCAGAUACGGCUAAACCCAGUUUACAAAGCAGUAGUGUCUUCUGACAAAUCUGGAAUGAUUGAAUACUGGACUGGUCCUCCUCAUGAAUAUAAAUUCCCCAAAAAUGUGAACUGGGAAUAUAAAACUGACACAGAUUUAUAUGAAUUUGCAAAGUGUAAGGCUUAUCCAACCAGCAUAUGUUUUUCACCUGAUGGGAAGAAAAUAGCUACUAUUGGUUCUGACAGAAAAGUUAGGAUUUUCAGAUUUUUAACUGGAAAACUCAUGAGAGUCUUUGAUGAAUCACUAAGUAUGUUUACUGAACUGCAACAGAUGAGGCAACAGCUACCAGAUAUGGAAUUUGGCCGACGAAUGGCCGUGGAACGUGAAUUAGAGAAAGUGGAUGCCGUAAGAUUAAUUAAUAUUAUUUUUGAUGAAACUGGACACUUUGUGCUAUAUGGAACAAUGCUGGGCAUUAAAGUCAUAAAUGUGGAGACAAACCGGUGUGUGCGGAUCUUGGGCAAGCAAGAAAAUAUUAGAGUGAUGCAAUUGGCUUUGUUCCAAGGAAUAGCCAAAAAGCAUCGUGCUGCAACUACUAUAGAGAUGAAAGCUUCUGAAAACCCUGUUCUUCAGAAUAUUCAAGCUGACCCAACAAUAGUCUGUACAUCUUUCAAAAAGAAUAGAUUUUAUAUGUUUACCAAACGAGAACCAGAAGAUACAAAAAGUGCAGAUUCUGACCGAGAUGUUUUUAAUGAGAAACCUUCUAAAGAAGAAGUCAUGGCAGCUACUCAAGCUGAAGGACCUAAACGAGUUUCAGAUAGUGCCAUUAUCCAUACCAGCAUGGGAGACAUUCACAUCAAACUUUUUCCUGUUGAGUGCCCUAAGACAGUGGAAAACUUCUGUGUUCACAGCAGAAAUGGUUAUUACAAUGGGCAUACAUUUCACCGUAUAAUUAAGGGCUUCAUGAUUCAGACAGGAGAUCCAACAGGUACUGGUAUGGGAGGAGAAAGCAUAUGGGGAGGAGAAUUUGAAGAUGAAUUUCAUUCAACAUUACGACAUGACAGACCAUACACACUCAGCAUGGCCAAUGCUGGAUCAAAUACUAAUGGAUCCCAGUUUUUCAUAACAGUAGUACCAACGCCUUGGCUUGAUAAUAAGCACACAGUAUUUGGACGAGUGACUAAAGGAAUGGAAGUUGUACAGAGGAUCUCCAAUGUAAAAGUCAAUCCCAAAACAGAUAAGCCCUAUGAGGAUGUCAGCAUCAUAAAUAUUACUGUCAAGUAAAAUAAGAUUUGUUUCAUUGUAUUUGUAAAUAAAAAUGCAAUAUUAAACACAAGAUUAUUUUAUAUUAGGAAGCUUAAGAGUUGCUGAACAUAUAAAUCAUGUUUCAAAGAUAUAAUAUUUUUAUAUUUUUCAUUAAAGUUCAUUUUUUAAAAA